GUUUUCCGGUCGAAACAAAUAAGUAGUCAGCAACUCGGGGAAACCUCACUUACUCAGCCUUGACGGUUGACCAAGUUGACAGGAAUAAUUUUGAUUAUUUUCUAAGGAAGGCCUGAAAAAGAGGACAUUAGACUUGUGUUUAGUUAUUGAUAGUAAUCAACACAGGACGAAAUCCGGCUAACCAAUCUUUAUCGGUUUCCCUGCACACCAACAGAAGCAGCAACAAGUGUAUCCCCCAAUUCCCUGCAGAAUGGAGUGAAUAAAGAUUCAGGAAAAAAUGGAGGCUGGAGCAGGUGUCUUCAAGGAAGACAUAUACCCCUUAUCCAUACGGUCCCCAGAGAAGAAACACCGAAAAACAGGUAAAAAUGACGCAGUCUCACAGAGUACAGGAAGGAUGUGUAAGGAGCACACGUUUCUGACAGAUGUGGCGGACGUUCGGACGAUGGAGCACGGUCUCUUACAGCUACUGGAGGACUUCCACUGCGGGAAAUUGCAGGCAUUUGGUGGGUCAAUGACGUUUGAGAAGAUGGACCAGAUCCGAGAGCAGCAAGAACAGCUGGCCAGGCUUCACUUUGAGAUGGACAUUCAGCAGGACAUGCAAAGAAGAGAUACAGAUGAAGGCCGAGCGGCAGCCAAUGAAAAGCUGAAGAAGCUGGUAGACAAGCUACAUUCAAUAAGCUCCUCCAUUCAAUCACUUCCAAAGAAUGAAGGCAACAGAUAAUCCAUUCCAGAACCAAGGACUCCCAGAAUUCCACUUCCUGUCACCGAUUCCAUGUUUAUUUUGUGUCUAAGGUUAUAUUGUGACUUUUUAUAUAAGAUGGAACACCAUUCACGUUUGUAGAAUAAUGCUUGUUUGCUUUUCUUUGGGUUGAAUUAAUUCAUGACAAUGCAUUUGAAUUCUAUAAAGGCAUUUUAUUGUUAAUUUAGACUCAUUUCAAAAUGUUGACAUCGUGGUAGACUUUUUAAAAAUAUGUGGGUUUUACAUACAUUGUAUUUUAUUUUUCUGCACUGUUUAUACUAUAUCUUUCAUUGGUCAUUUUGGCACCUUGGUAAUGUUGACUUUCAUGUCAAAAUUUCCAUUUAUAUGAAAAAGAUAAUCCACCUAAUGUAAUGGAAUAUUUCACACCAUUUUCUUAAUUAUAGUAAACAUUUCCUGCUUUAAAAUGUGGUGAUGAAUGGUAACUAACUGUAUUGAUGUCAAAGAAGAUUUAUGAAGAGGAAUGUACAGAUUGAUAUCUCGUUGUCGUGGUGUGGGGAAUUGAUUUCUCGUUGUCAUGGUGUGGGUUUUGAUGUUUGAUUAUCAUGUUAUUCUUCCCUGUAACAAAGUUAUAGGGACUUCAGAAACUUUUGUGUUUGUGAAAAAUAUCAGGGAAACAGUGUGUAGAGGACCACUUAGCAUUGCUGCCAAAUAAACAGCUAUCCAUCUCUUGGUCCGAAUGUACACAAAAACUGUAAGCGAUGAUGAUGCGUGUUGCAAUCUCUUUGUGGUCACACCCCCUCACCCGUCUUAACAAAUAGCUCAAUAUAAUCAUUUUGCUGUCUCAGAUCUGAUAUUUUACAGUUUUAUAUACACAAAUAUCAUUGCUAUAUCUUUGCUCUUUUAGUUAUGUUUUUUUAUAAGUUGUAUGUACAAUAAUUGUGUAUUUUUUCAAUUGAACCAAAGGAACAAUAGUGAUAUUUAAAGGUAUAAGUUUACUAUGUAAGUUAUAUACUGGCAUUCUCGAAGUAUAUUUGUAUACACAUGUACCACAUAUUUAUUCAUUUCUGACAGUCUGCAGACCAAAGCUUUCCUUUGUUGGCAUUUUAUACACAGAUGUGAGUUAGGGCAUUCCUGCUAUUUAUGGUAACUUCUUUACGAUGUAAUAUACUCUCAGUCAGACUUAGGUUGCUUAUGGCCAGAUGGUGUGUCCUGACCUUGAAUCAAAUCUAUCUGGUCAAGGUCACUUGUAAAAGAUGUUAGGAUUUUUUUGCAGUGCCAUUAGUUUAUAACAGAGACAUUAGGCACACAAAAAUGAUUCGAAGACUGCUUAAAGAUAUGGUGUCUCUUGAAGGAAGGAAUGUAUCGUGAUCUUCCAGCAAGGUCAAGGUCAUAGACCUUAUAAUUUCAGGCUAGUCUGUGAUUGAUGAGCCCCACAGGGGAUAUUGGCACCAAUAGGACAGGAUCUAGUUUAAUAAUUCACACAAAGUAAAAUCAUUGUUUUGCGUGGGGUUUUUUAUGCAGUAGGAAAUUUUUGCCAUGAAUGGUUGAAUGAUACAUGCACAGAUCCAGUUUUCCUCACAUGAUGCCAAGAUUUUACAUAUUAGAACGUGGACGUGUUCUUGUUUCACGAAGUGUAAAUGGAAAGAUGCUUGUGUUUGUGAACAUGCAUGUUGUGUUUGUGAACAUGCAUGUUGUGUUUGUGAACAUGCAUGUUGUAGUUGUGAAUACACAUGUUGUGUUUGUGAACAUGCAUGUUGUAGUUGUGAAUACACAUGUUGUAAUUGUGAACACGCAUGUUUUGGUGCACUCUCCAUAGCUUCCAGGAAGGUAGAUAGAUUAGCAUACAUUUAUUUUGUUCUAGAUUAUUUUUCUAUUUUACUUGUAAACAGUUUCUGAAUGUGAAUAACCACAUUACUACACUCAAAAUGCGGAAAUAGAAUUGCCACUGAAGAAAACAAUUUUACAGAUUUAGCUAUGAUGUUAUAAUUCAGUCGUGUUUGCAUUUACUAAUAUUUUUGUCAGUGACAACUUAUGCAGUGUCAGUGUAUGAUAUUUCUUGAUAAAAGCACGGACCUUUCAAUUUCACAUGUACUAGAUAGACUACUAAUUUAUAGAGUAAAUGUCAAGGUCAUUUGUUAUGUGGAUAUCAAGGUCAUUUGUUUUGUUAUGUGGAUAUAAAGGUAAUUUGUUAUAACAAAUGACCUUUAUAUCCACCUAACAAAUAACCUUUAUAUCCACAUAACAUAUGACCUUUAUAUCCACAUAACAUAUGACCUUUAUAUCCACGUGCACAUAACAAAUUUGUUAUGUGGAUAUUAAAAAAAAUGGAAGCAUGCAAUGAUGUGAUUUAUGUCCGAUCUGUUUCAACUGUACAAAUCAACCCAUGCUCGCAUUGUAUCUAAAACAAUGAUAAAUAUAGAUAUUGAAAAUUAGAAAGUACAUCUUAAAUUAGGGUUUUAUCUUAUUUCAAUGGUUUUUUAAGUCUUUCAGUUUUAUAAAGAUCUGUUAUUAUAUUAGGAAUAAAUGUCUAAAUAGUAUGUACUAUCAGGGGAUAGAAACAAGGAAUGCAGGAGGAGGGGCAUUUUUAUAGUCAGUGAAACAGAUGAUGCAGAAAUUGGUUUAAUAAACCCCACUAUACAAACUAAACCAGGUUGUUUAUCUGGUCAAGGUCACUUGUAUAGGAUGUUAAUGAGCUUUUUAGUACAAGCGGGGAAUUAUAACAGUUGUAAGGGGGAUUAUGAAUGAACUUAAAUUUCUAUGUAUAUAUGAGUUGUAAGGUCGUUUCCACAUUACAGUUCCUGCAUUGAGAAACAUACACUGAAGCAAUGUAGGUUUGUACUGACAGAAUGGUGGGAAACAUGAAAAUUUGUUGGCAUUACAUAUUUAUAUUUUCUUUCUUUAGAUAUUGGACUCUAUGUAGACUAGAAUGUCAUUGUUUAGGGACAUCCAUUAUCAUUGUGAUUAGUAAGUAAUAUAGCAAUAUGUAAAUUAAUUAAUAUCGUUAUAAUGAAACAUUAUAGGAUAAUGUUUGUUCUGUUUCAUUUAGUUAAGAGAUUUUUGUGCCAUGAUAUUUUUUUCUAGUUGUCGUUUCGCUUGGAUUGAUCUAGCCAUUCCAACACUUGUGCCCCUUUGGAUACAAUACAUAUCAAUGUACACAUCUCGGAAACACACAUUCCUGUGUCAUUAGGAUCAAUGUUUUGUUAAUUGAUCAACAUUGUAGAUCUAACAUUCUACGCUAUAUACUUUCCUCCCUUUUUGAGCAUUUUGUGGUCACAUGAUUUUGUGGUGUAGACACAACCGUGAAAACAACAAAAAUUGAUAUUCAACAAAAAAUAAUGAAAUCACAGCAUUACAUGCACAGCAUGAAAUAAUGAUGCUUGUAAAGGAAUUAUGGUGAGACGACUCUGGUGACAGAAAUGGUUCCAAAGGAAUCGCUCCUGAUGCUCAGAAAUAAGUUUUUAGGGUGUUUUGGUGGGUUUUUUUGCAUAUUAUAGCGUUUUUUCAGUGAUGCAAUAAAAUGAUCGACAAAUAUAUAUACACAUGUAAUUAUGCAUUUGAUGCACAGUACAAGUAGAAUUACACUGUAGAUGUCACAGUACAAGUAGAAUUACACUGUAGAUGUCACAGUACAAGUAGAAUUACACUGUAGAUGUCACAGUACAAGUAGAAUUACACUGUAGAUGUCACAGUACAAGUAGAAUUACACUGUAGAUGUCACAGUACAAGUAGAAUUACACUGUAGAUGUCACAGUACAAGUAGAAUUACACUGUAGAUGUCACAGUACAAGUAGAAUUACACUGUAGAUGUCACAGUACAAGUAGAAUUACACUGUAGAUGUCACAGUACAAGUAGAAUUACACUGUAGAUGUCGUGGCAUGUUAAACAUUGGUCAGGUAAUUAUAAAUGAAUCCUAAUUGUUCCGGUUUUUUUGCCAGAAACACAAAUCCUAUGAUCCACACAGUAUUACAUUGCUAUUUGUUAUUGUUUAUAUUCACAUCCUAAUUUUGACUGUGUCACAUUUUUAAAGUAAACUUUCUGACCUAUUAUUCAUUUUAUUGUUUCUUUAUCUGUAACAUCCGCAACUUUUAUCUUUACCAUCGAGAGAGGGGUGGGGGGGGGGGGGGGGUCCCAGAAUUCUAUAGGAAGCAUUUUCUCAUGGAAAAUAUUUACAUGCGUUCCUUUAAAGUACAAUGUGAUUUAUGGCUUAAAUUUUGGUCCCGAGUUUACUCCCUGUAAGAUGAAUCUUGAUGAGGUGCUUACGCAUUCUGUCUUCAGAUUUAGUUCCAAUAAUGUUGUUGGGAAUUUUUUUAUAUCUUUACUGUCUGUAAGCAGUGAUUAACGUUAAGUUUAUAUCUUACUGUCUGUAAGCAGUGAUUAACGUUAAGUUUAUAUCUUACUGUCUGUAAGCACUGGUUAACGUUAAAUUUGUUACAGUGGUAUGAGUGAAGCCUCUUGUAUUAAUCACUUUAUUCCAUAUCUGUCUCAGAAUAGAACACUGUUCUCCUAUUACAGCAAAGAGCAAGACUGAGAACAUGUAAUUUUAUCAAAUAAAGUGUAGCAAGUCUGUAGUGAUGAAAAUAUUAUAUAUUAUGACCAAUGCUCAACGCGUACUAAAUGUAAUAGUUAAAUGCUUGAUGUGUUAUGCACCAAAUAAGGUACAAUAUGUAUCGUUUAAUGUUUGUUAUUAAAGAUGAAUGCGAUAAAAAAAGUUUCAAGUGUCGUUUUAUAUCUAGGAGCAUGCAUAAUUUUUUUAAAAUGUAUAACGAAUUUGUGGGCAUUCAUCAGCUUCAUUUUUUCCUGCAAGCUGUACUGAUCCUGUGUCAAGACAACACAGAAAAACAGUUCAUAGUCCCAUGACAUGACUGCCUCCAAAAUUGAGAGUUUUUAAUUAUCAUUUGAACAGUAGGUUUGAAUUCAAGUCACAUUCUUGGUACAUGUAUCAGAAGCCAGUCAUACUAGCUGUGUGUUAUGGUUUUAAAGAUAAGAACAAGGUAUGAUUGUGUAUAUAAAAAGGCCCCCCAAAAAUUUCAAUUUUAAAUGUGUCUUGAAUUAAGCUUGAUCUGUGUUUUAAGUAUUAAAAGUUAAAUAUAUGCUAAGUAUACUAUCUCAACUUAAAUUAAAGUUGUUGCUUAUUUGAUAGCAUUAUUACAUAAUGAAUAAGACUUUUUCCCUGCCUUUUUUCGAAAAGAGCUUAAUAACUGUUAAAUUUCAUCCAGAUUAUUGCCUUGGAAAAGGUGUGCCAAAUCUGUCAAGCAAAACGAAAUUAAUAUAUAUUGUUUAUUAAUAGACGAUAAAAAAUGUAUUUUAAUACCCCCAGAAUUUUUUUAUUUUUUCCAUUGACUUUGGCAUUUUUAUGCCAACUUCACACUCUUGUCAUUACGCCACGAAGUUAUUUUGGAUCAAAUUAAAUAUAGUUUUGGUUUG